AUGGCGAAAAUAGAGGAAAUCAGAGACGAUGAAGCAGAGAGCAUUGAAAAUAUAGAUGAACUCGUUGACUAUUCUGGCGUCAGGCAGAAGUUGCAACAGCAACCCGAACCCGAAGUUCUCGAAAUUGGUGAGGUUUUCGGUGCAGUACUACACAUUAUACCUUUUAGCUUCUUAUACCUCCUCAUGGACCUCCUCGUAUCUGCACAGUACAACUCAUGGCCGACAUUCACACAAGAAGCCAAGCAAAUGGCAAAGGCAGUGCCAUUAAUAACCGUCAUCAUCUUCUACUAUGGAUGCAAUAUGUAUACCUACUCUCAUCCAUUGCGCUAG